AUGUCAUAAACUUUGAAUAAAUUAGGAAUUGAAUACAAGGAGAUCUCUUAAAUUUAGGUUGAAGAAGCAAAACAAUCUAUAAAAUAGAUGAGGCUAGAAUAGGUUUUGAUUGGAGAGUGUGAAAAUUUUGGUUGGCAAAAUUUGGUAAACAGACAUGAUUUAAUUACAAUUAAAAGCCUAGAGAAAUCAUAAAAAGAUUAGAAAAAAGCCUAAAAUUCGACCUUAUUUAUAUUUAGCAAUAAGAAUCCAAUAAGGAGGGGAAUAAUAAAACUUAUUCGAAAUUAAAAUUACACUUAUUUUAUAACUCUAAUAGCUGCCAUAUGUCUGGUACCCUAUUGCAUAAAUGAGAAAAGACUAGCAAUAAGUAUUGAAGUAGUUUGUAAUAUUAUAUUUGGAUUUGAUAUUCUUUUAUUCAUAAUAGCAUAUGGAGUAAUUUUGGAUAAAAAAAGUUAUCUAAGAGAUUGUUGGAAUAUAGCGAAUGUUUUGGCCUUCAUUUUUACUUGGUUUAUAUUUUUGGAGGAUAAUAAAGUCAAUGAUGUUAUAAAAACGAUAAGACUUUUGAGAUUAUUUAGAUUGAUUUAAGAAAUACCUCUUCUAAGGAUUUAGUUUACAGCUUAUGUGAGUAGUUUCUUGAAAUUAAAAUAAGUUCUCAUUCCGAUAUUUUUGGUGAUGAUUUACUUUGCAAUAAUUGGAUUGCAUUUAUUUAUAGGAUUGACAGAAAGACGAUGCCGAAUAACACCAGAACCAGUCGAUGGAGUUUGGCUAGCUGAUGAUGGAGUAUUAAAACUUUGUGGAAUAUGGGAUUGUCCUGAAAAUCUUUAUUGUGGAAGCCCAGAAGAUUAUGGGCUUCCUAAAAAUGUUACUGAAAAUAAUGUAGCUGAAUUUAGUUGGGACUUUAUCAGGUUUGAUGACUUUUUUCAUUCAUUAUUAGUGGUUUUUACAUUUCUAAAUGUUACAGGAUGGUCUGGAACUACAUUUAUGUUUUGGAAAGCGAUGACUACAUAUGUGACUGCAACCUAUUUUUUAGUUUUAAUUGUUCUAUUAGCAUUUAUAUUAUCAAAUUUAUUAUUGGCUUUGUUUUAUGAAUCAUUUAUGGAAAAGUCCUCAAUAAAAAACUCAUCUAGUAAGGCUAAGAAAUAGGAGUAAGAAAUUGAGGAGGAUUUGAAAAAGAAAAAUUAAGAAUAAUUAAUGAAUAGAUUGGCUCUUAUGAGCAAGUAAAAGGGCCAUUUAGUGAGUCACAAUUAAUCCUUUAAUGGCCAAUUAAAUUUUGAAUAAUAAUUUCAGUUUGACUAGACAACCUUAUAACAACCAUAAUAAAAUAGAUUUUUUGAUUCUCUUUCAAAUUCAAAAAAUUUUAACUUUUUAAACAAUUUAUGUAUAAUUUUAUCAGGCUUGGCUAUCAUAAUAGAUUAUAAGGAUAUUUCUAAAACUGCUUUAGAAUAAUUGCAGAUCGUUGAUUUUUUCUGUAUUAUCUACUCAUUUAUUGAGAUGGCUAUUUUAAUUACAGGGAGAGGACUGAAAGGUUACUUUUCUAAAGACAUAAAUAAAUUUGAUUUCUUAAUUAUCUCCACUUAAUGGAUUUUAGUUUUUGUGUUGGUUGUAAUAGAUGAACCCUUGAUAAUAAAUCAUACUGUAUAUGUAACUUUCUUUAAAUCCUUAAAAAUAUUGAGAGUCUUUAGAUUUGUAUACAAUGCUAAACUCUUUUAUACAAUAACAUUAUUGAUGAGAUCAUUGGUUUUCACAUUGACUAGACUCAAAAAUAUUUUGGCUCUUUGGGCUUGUCUUGUAAUUUUAAUUGCAAUAGUAGGAAAAAGUUUACUCUAGAAUAAAUUAAGAGAGGAAGAAAUGACCAUUUAUUAUGAUGACUUUGGAUCAGCCUUAAUGGCUGCAGUUAAUAUAUUUUAUAACGAGGAAUGGCAUGUGACUAUGUAUAAAUAUGCUCUACAUACUUAUGUUUCAUUUUUCUAUUCAAUUUUGAGUGUUAUUUUGGGAUAGAUAUUUUUCAUAAGAUUAUUAAUGGCAAUAUUUUUGAAUGAAUUUGUUUAGCAAUUAUAAAAAGUAGAGAAUGAAUUAAAACCAAUUGAUUUUAAGUAAUUUAUAUUCGAAAUUAUUUAAUGCUUUAAAUCCAAUAAUAAAUAAAAUUAGAAAAGAAUAACCAAUUAUUAAACCUAAAAGUCAGAUCAAAUGAAUUAAUUAGAAGAAUAAAAUAAUAAAAAAGAGAAAAAAGGAACUAGAAAAGAGAAUAGGACAAAUUCAAUGAUCAACAACAAUAUUCCUCAAUAGGAACUUGAAGAACUAUAAAACUGGCUAUAAGUUGAUUAACAGAAGCAAGAUUAACAGGAAAUAAAAUCAAAUUUAAGUAAUAACAAUAAUUAAAAUGAAAAGGAAAACCCUACUAAUCUUAAUUCGCCCAUAAAUAAUGAUAAAGCAGAGAAAAUUCGUCAAAUAGUUGAUUCAUUCAUUUUCUAAUUAUUCUGUUUGCUUGUAGUUCUAGCCAGCACAAUAAGGAUUGGAUUGUAAACCCCAUUUCUUGAUCCAAAUUCGAGUACAAGCCAAAUAUUAUAAAUAGUCAAAAUUGUUGCAACCAUACUAUUUAUAAUUCAGAUUAUUCUAAAUGUUAUAGCGAGAGGCUUUAUACUAGGAGAAAAAUCAUACAUAUAAAGAUCCCCUUAUAACGCAUUAAAUGUAUUAGUGACAUUAGUAGAAAUUAUCAGUCUAUUUCUGCCCUCACACACAGUCUUUAACUUUUUUUCUAGUUUGAGAAUUAUUGAGUUUAUAAGAAUAGGAGCAUUUUUGAGUUAGAGCAUAAAUUAUAUUUCUUAAGCAUUGGUCAAGGCAUUUCAAACAAUGUUGUAACUAAGUAUUUUUUGUUUUAUAAUAUUACUUAUAUAUGGUACAUUUGCAACUAAGCUGCUUAAAGGAUAAAUGUAUUAUUGUUCGAGUUUGUCAGAGGAAGAAACAAAUGAGAUAAAUGAUAAAUGGGAUUGUAUGGAUUAUGGAGGAUCAUGGGUAAAUAGAAUUUUAGGAUAUGAUAAUAUAUUUGAUAGUGCAUUGACAUUAUUUAUAACUGCAACAACUGAAGCAUGGUUAGAAUUAUUAGUGCAUACUUGGAGUGCCAGAGGGGUGAAUUUAACUCCAGUUAACAAUCAUAACAGAUGGUGGGCUGUAUAUUAUUAAGUAUUUUUCUUUAUUGGAAACAUCUGCAUGCUCAAUAUGUUUAUAAGUUUGGUGGUUGAAACAUACUAGUAGACAAAGAUAAAGGCUCAAGGAAUGUCAGAAUUGAAUAGUAAUUAAAGAGAAUGGUUGUAAAUUAAGGAGAGUAUUAAUCAUUUAAAACCAAGAAGAUUGUAUGCUAAACCAAAGACUAAACUUGGCUUAUUCAUUUUUAGUAUAGCAGAAAGUAGAAUCACUAAAUAUUUUUGGCAUGCUCUCAUUUUAUUAAAUACUUUUACUCUUGCGUUAUAUUACAACAGACAAGAUAAGCAAUUUUCUGAUGCUUUAGAUUAUAUAAAUCUUAUUUGCACAUUAGCCUUCACUGUAGAGGUGUUAUCAAGGGUGAUUGCUAAAUUUCCUAACAUUUUAGAUAGAGAUCCUUUCAUAAUAGUAGAUGUGAUAGGAAUUAUCAUCAAUCUUGUAAAUUAAUUCAAGAUAUCACAACUGAAUGAUGAAUUCUAUCUUCAGAGAGGAUUUGAAGCACUCUCUGUAGGAUUUCAAUUAUUGCGAAACUACUACAUCAUAAAACGAUUUCCAGAAUUGGAGAAACUGUUUUAUACUAUAUUUUCUGUUGUUCCAUCAGCACUGUCUAUGUUAUUCAUAAUGUUUAUAUUUUUAUUCAUAUUUGCUUGUUUAGGAAUGGAUCUAUUUGGUUAUCUUAGACCUCAAUAGAAGAUGGAGGGAUUUGAUUUACAUUUUAAGAAGUUUACUACUGCUAUGUUUUCGUUGAUAAGAGUUGCUAGUUCCGAAGAAUGGUGGGCUUUGCUCAUUGAUUCUGUUCAUGUAAGAACUCCUGAUUUUGCUUGCAUUUAUAUUAAUGGAUAUGAGGAGUUUCAAGAAUAUGGCUAUAAUGGUUGUGGUACAUAUUGGGCAUACGUGUUCUAUGUAUCUUUUCAUUUGAUAUUUUCACUUGUGAUUUUAAAUUUAUUCAUUGCUUCUAUUUUAGGAGCUUAUGAAGAACAUGCCAAAUAAGAGUAGAGUGCGAUAUCCAAAUAUCAAUUGCAUGAUGUACUGAAUUAUUGGGCAUAAUACGAUCCUGAUGGCACUGGAUUUUUGAACUAUAAGCAAUUCUGGAAGUUAUCAUCAGAAAUUGCUAUUUGUUUUGGGGUGCCUGUAAAAGAACUUUUGGACCCUGCCAAUAAGAAGAAUUUCCUUAAAGCUUUAAAUAUCCCUUUAUAUGAAGAUGGAGAAGGGUUGAUUGGUUAUCUCUUUCAUGAUGUCAUUGUGAGUUUAACAAGAUUGUCAGUAGAAUUGAAAUAUGGUGUUCGAGAUUUGGAAUCUGAGAACUUUAAGGGUAAGGAGUAUGUUCAUCAUUAUUACAAAAAAUUCAAAACAAGUCCUUACAAUAGUGGUUAGAUGUCAACAAUAAUAUUUUUAUAAGGGAAAGCGAGAAUGCUCAUAAAUAAAAGAAAAGGAAUCAAAUUUCUCGAUUUAGGAGCAUUAAAAUAGGAACUUUAAGACUAGAAUGAAGGUGACAAAUUUGAUAAUUCUUGA